UAUCACAUGCUAGUGUGGAUGCGACCCUGCGACUCGUGAACAGCCGUUACUGCUUGCGGACUUCAUUUAAUAAGUACCUUACUCCCGUACCUGAAUUUGUCGAAUACAAUUAUAUCAUUUACCACUCGGCGAAUCUGCAAAUCUGUUGAAAUUUAUCGAAUGAUACAUAUUACAUCGUGUAGUUGAAACAAGUCAAAACUAAAGCAAGCCUAUCAAUACAGCAAUUACAAUCAUGUCUCUCAAGAAUGACGCAUUCCCUUCCUCUGCAGCCUUCGACGCUAUCGCCUCUUCCCUCGAAUCAUCCCCCACCGACCGCGCCGACGCCAUCAAACAAGGCAACGCCGUCUUCGCCUUCACUCUCAAGAACAAAGCGGGCGAAACAGCCGAUUGGCACAUCGAUUUGAAGAAGGAAGGGAAGGUCGGAACAGGGCUUGGAGAAAAACCAACAGUAACGUUGAGUCUGAGUGAUGAGGAUUUCGGAAAACUGGUAGCGGGAAAGGCGAAUGCUCAGAGACUGUUUAUGGGAGGAAAGUUGAAGGUUAAGGGAGAUGUGAUGAAGGCGACGAAGAUGGAACCGAUUUUGAAGAAGGCGCAAGGAGGUGUGAAGGCGAAGUUGUAGAUGGGUGGAUCCGUGUGUGGAAGGGGAAGGGGAAAGGGAAUGAGAGGGUGGGUUUGCUGCGCUUUGUAAUGGGGGGUUUAGAUGUCGAGUCGAUAGAUCUGAUGUGGAGUGAUAUUCUUGGGUACCUUUCGACCGGAAGAAACGAGAAUCGGCUUGGAUAGAUUAUUUUUUGCUUCUGAUAGCAGGAUAGAAUGCGUGCGGAUCUGCCGGGGGAGAAGACCUGGCUAGUGGAACCGUGUUUGUUUUGAUAUCUUCAGACAAGGAAUGAAAGAUGCAUUGUCAUUUAUAUUUUGUUAUUUUACUAUUGUAUACGAUCCUUUUGGAUGGCACUGAAAGUCGAUGCGUUGAAUUUUGCAUAGUUUGCUUCUUCUAUACAUGUAUCUACCUUGAAAUAUGGUAAGUCCAUGAAAUCGUGUCUCCUAUUCAACUAAGUACAUCUC